AUGGAGGCCUUCUUGGAGGUGGUUGAGGGGCUGCUGCUGAAGAGCGGUAAUUUGCCGCAGCGGGUGCGGUGGGCUCGGCCGCAGCAGCUUGCUGCUGAGUCUGCUGCUGCUGCUGCUGCUGCUGCUGCUGCUGCUGCUGCUACUGGUGCUGCUGCUGGUGCUGCUGGUGGUGCUGGUGGUGGUGCGUCAGCAGCAGCAGCAGGAGCAGCAACAGCAGGAGCAGCAGCAGAUCGUUUUAUGUUGAGACCCGAGGGUUUGGUGGUGGAUGGCUUGCUAAGCAGAGAAGACUGCACCACGUUUGGCUUCGAUGAAAAAAGAAGAGAAUAUGUUAAACUGCUUGAUAGAUGUGAAGAAGAGGCUGAGAGAGGCAGCGGCGUCUCCCUAGGAACUAUCAUUUUCUUUUUGAUGAUUUUUAUACGGUGGUAUUCUGGCUAG